AAAUUCAGUUCCUAGUUUCAAAACCCUCGCUAAAACCCUCCCAAAAGCAAGAGCUCCUCGUCUUCCUCAGCAUAAACCGUCUCUGCUUCGCCGUCCCACCGCCGGCGACUCUUCCUUUGGAUUCAUUCAGUCCGUCUCCGGCGAGGUGGUCGGACCGUGCUUCGAACUAGGCGAGAGCAAAUCGGUCGGUUUCAAUCUCCUCCCUUUCCGACGGCAUGAGCUCGUCAAACAUCAGGGACCUCUUGACGGCGUUCAGCCCUUCGUCGGAAUUCUUCGCCAUCAGCUCCGGAGAUGGCCGGAUCAAGAUUUGGGAUACUUUGAAAGGGCAGAUUCAGACGGAGUUUGCGGACAUUGCGGCGAAUGAUCGGACGGACGUGUUUAUGAAGCCGGACAGGGGUCACCUUUCGGUCGAUUACACCUGCAUGAAAUGGUUGGAUUUGGGGAAACAGAGGAAAAGAAAGCAUGGGGGCUCGUUGAUAGUUUUAGGAACAGGCGGGGGUGAUGUCCUAGCACUGGAUGUAGCAUCUGGUGAAUUGAGAUGGAGAAUCAGUGACUGUCACCCUGGGGGUGUAACUGCCAUCUCGUUUUCUGGGCAAGGGUCACGCGCUUACACUGGUGGUGCUGAUGGGAUGAUUUGUGAAAUUGAUCCCAUGACAGGAAACUCCUUAAAAAGGUUCAGAACUUCAACAAAGGCUAUAUCUGCCAUCUCCGUUUCAUCUGAUGGAAGUGUACUAGCUUCUGCAUCUGCACAAGUAAAGAUAUAUAGUUGCUCAGGUCACAAAAAGAUACAGAAGUUUUCUGGCCAUCCUGGAGCUGUUCGCUCUAUGAUCUUUACUAAUGAUGGGAAGUACGUUCUUUCCUGUGCUGCUGGUGAAAGAUACAUUGCUGUUUGGCAAGUUGAUGGUAGCAAAACGCACUCAGCAAGCUGUACACUGUCCAUGGAGCAUCCUGCAGUCUAUCUUGACAGCAAAUACAUUGGUAACGGAGAAGAAGAUCUCAAAGGCCUGUAUGUUUUGGCUCUUACGGAGACUGGUGUUUGUUAUUUCUGGUUUGGACAGAACACUGAGGAACUACGCGAUUCGAUACCUGCAAAAGUCUCUUUAUCUAUUGAGGACUCUUUAUUGAAGAAUCAUCAUGGUGCACCUACAAUACUUGCUGCAAAAUUACAAGGCAUUCCAAGUCGUGCAUCUGGGCACAUUUUUAUUUCCCAUGGUCUGCUAGUCAAGCCACUCUUUCAGAAAAUUUUAGUGCAUUCUGGCAAAAACAUGAAAUUGAACAGCUCCUUAGAUGGGAUUCUUUUGCCCACUGGUCAAUCCCUGGUUAGGGCUAAGAGAGGGCAAGAUGUAAGCAAUAAAGCAGUGACGGCAUUGGAUCGAGCAAAUGCUGAAGAUGCCCUGCUUCCAGUUCCAACUUUUAGUGAUUUGGGAGAAAGAAAGAAACCAAAUCAAUAUUCUGGCAUUGACCCUGAUGAGGUAAUUGCUGAUAUAGUCAACAGCAGGAGUCGAGCAAAAUCUUUGGAGAGCGAACAAAUGCAUGUUUCUGCAGAUGAUGAUUUUGAAGUGGGCACGUCUACAGUAUGCCUGGAGGACCAGUUAAGAUCGCUAGGAUUUAUCAGUGGAAAUGAUGGUUCUUUACAUAGAUCGGCUCCUGAUCCUGCUUUCUUGAAGGAUAUAAAUCUCGAAGUCAAUCUUUCAAAUAAAAAGAUGAGGGAUACUAUUUUAUCUAUGGGAGCAAGUGAUGCAUACAACCUACUGAGAAAGCUUUUGGCCUUGUGGCAGUCAAGGUCAUCUAAUGCAAAGCUAGUACUUCCAUGGAUUAGCAGGAUAUUGGUCAUUCACAGUGAUUAUGUCCUUUCUCAGGAACCAAUGACUGAGCUGCUUUAUUCUUUGGGCAAGACUGCAAAAGCUAGAGGGGCGGCCAUCCGACCAUUACUGCAGUUAGUUGGUCGGCUGCAGCUUGUUGUCACUCAGAUUGACAAGGCCACACACAAUCAAACUAGAGAUUCUCUUCAAGAGCGUCAAGCUGAUGAAAGUGAUGAUGAGGAUGAAGACAUUGAUCACGUCUUUUACAGGGAUGAGGAUGAAUCUGGACAAACUAGCGAUGAUACAGAUGAUGAGUAGAAGCUCUAAAUUUUAAGAGUGUGAAACUUGCUCAAGAUGGAGAUACUCUCUUGGGGCAAGUCACUGGUCAAGUUGCAGCUGCACCUGGAGACUAUCAUACAUAUGCUGCCAAUUUUGUUCCCUCCACAAUUUUCCGAUCCCGACCGCGUGUGCUGGUCUCAGGCAAUUACCAUGACGACAAAGACCACCACAGGCUGGCCGUUGCGGUAGUGGUCGUCGCCCUACAGUGUAUUAUGGCAUCUCUGUUUAUACUUUUCUAAAAUUUGUUUUCUUACUUAGUCAAUCACAUCCCCCAUCUAUCAAACACUCUAUAGACUGUUUAUAUGUAUCUGUCCUUGUAUCCGGUGUUUUCUCAAACAAAGAAUAUCACGUAAAAAAUCCGAAGGACUUCUUGUUUGA